CUUUAUGAAUGCAUGAUUGGCGAGGCACAAUCCUCCAUUGGAUUGUCCAUUGGCACAAGGACAAUGCCAGUUAUUUUUCUUUUUAUUGUAAGCUACCAUGACUCUUCCCAUCCUGCUGUAAUAGGACAUUGUUGGUUCAAACACAGAAAUGAAAUGCUUUGUUGAUGGACCUCCAACAUUGACAUGAAAAGACAAAGGUGUCUCUGCAGUGUUUGCCUCUUGCUGCAACUUUACCAGCUGGGCUUUUCUUGCCUCACCAAAUCACUUCUGCUGGACCAGCUGAGAGAGACUGUUCUCUGUCAGUGCAACAUUGGGGUUGUCAACUAGUUUACAAAAAGACAGCGAUUUGACAUGGCAACACUCAAAGGACAGUAUCCCAGUGUUAUGGGCAAACUCUGCAUUUAAAAUACAUUGGUCAAGUUCACAUGCUGAGCGAUAGUUUGGGCCCCAAGUAUUUUUUAUUACGUGAAUGGGUGUUGCUUGACCAAGAAAAGCCUUUUCAACAGCAAAAAUGCCAAUUUUUUCAUCAAUGCACUGAGAUUGAAAGUGCCUCUCAGGAGUAAUUGUAUUUUCUUUUUCAGUGUGAUGCCUUCUAAUGUGAGUUCAUAGAUUUUUGGCCAGUAAGGUCAAAUCACAUUGGCUGCAAGUGACAGUCCUCUUUUUAGGAGCUGGGCAUUUUGGGAGGAUGGCAGGUGACUGAGGCGGCGUCUGCUGAACUGAGGAGGAAGACUGAGGCGGGCGGCAUCUGCUGGACCGAGGAGGAAGACUGAGGCAGCGAGGAGGAACACUGAGGCGGUGAGGAGGAAGACUGAGGCGGCAUCUGCUGGACUGAGGAGGAAGACUGAGGCAGCGUCUUCUGAACCGAGGAGGAAGACUGAGGCAGCGAGGAGGAAGACUGAGGCGGCGUCUGCUGAACAGAGGAGGAAGACUGAGGCUGGGUUGGUGGUGAAGCAUGGGUGGCGAUGUGCUUCAGCAAAUUUGCCCGAGUUAUUACAGUCGCUGAACAAUAGCAGCAGUGAAAGUGGGACUUUGCCCGACAUUUUAAACUACAUUUUAAAAUGGUGAAAUCUGAAAGGGCAAAAAAAGAAAAUAAGUUUGUUGAAAAUUGCCUAAAUUUAACCUUCACUUGUUUGCAUUUUGCUCUGGACAGUGGACAGUCGCAAGACAGAAUUUUCAUUAGCACCAUCCAUGUGCAAACUGAGCCUUACUACAAAUUCACAAACAAUUCAAUCAGAAGCAUGCACAGUGCAUUGUUGGCUGGUUCGGUACCAUACUAAACUUUAACUAAAGCGACAUAAUGUCACGAAUCUGGUCUGCACUCCCGGUCACUCACCACUAGAGGUCACCCGCUCACCACAUGGACUUUCACACCACACAUCACAUGGACUCCAAUUCCCAUCAUCAAACACUGAUCACAGCUGUCACCAAUCACUCAUUGCACCAAUCACACGCACACCUGAUCACACAGCAUCACUAAUCACACACACUAUUUCAACCCUGGACAUUCUCCCCCUCGUCGCCGAGUAUCGUAUGCACUAUCGCUGCCCUACAGAGCCCGUUAGUUUUCCUUGCCUUGCCUUGCCUUGCCUUGCCUUGCCUUGCCUUGCCUUGCCUUUGUUGGAUUGUGUUUUCCCCUGCCUGGACUAUCGCUGACAUUUUUGGUUUCCCUCUCCUGUCUUGCCCUUUGGAUACUGUUCGCUGAUCGUCGACCCACGCUUGCCCUAAGUUUACUCUUUGUCUUGUCCCUGCCAUACCUGUUUGCCAUUGUUUCGACCCUGCCUGUAUCUUUGACCAUGCCUGUAAAUAAAAGCCUGCACAUGGAUCCGCACGCCUCUCGUCUCGUCAGCCCUGUUACAGAAUACUCGGCCACGCAAGGAUCCAGCGGCUUUCAUGAGCAAUACUGGCCUGGUAUGUACACUUCAAGGCGAUUAUUAGCCCUCAAGCAGGGUAUACGGUCACUUGAGGACUUCACCCAAGAGUAUCUAGACAUUGCUAAUGAUUCUGAUUUUCCAGAUGAUGUCUUGAUUGAUUUCUUCUGUGACGGCAUUAAUCAGCCACUAAAAUCAGAGCUUAUUUGUAAGGGUCCACGUUCCUCACUCAGUCAGUUUUUAGAUUAUGCUCUGUUAUGUGUUGGCUCUUCAUUUACUUUGGGUGUUGCGGAGGAGGAAAAUAACACCGCGUUUGUGACUAAAAUGGCAGCGACACCGGAGCCCGUUCACAAAAUGGCAGCCACAACAACACCCCGUCAUGUCAUUGCUGCCAGUAAAGAGCUAAAUCAAGUCACAGUCAAUCUACAUAAAUCAAGUCACGUCACGGCUGUUCGUCCAGAGUCACCGCAGCACGUCACGGCUGUUCGUCCAGAAUCACUUCACAUCUCAGCUGCUCGUCCAGAGUCACAGCAGCACGUCACGGCUGUUCGUCCAGAAUCACUUCACGUCUCAGCUGCUCGUCCAGAGUCACAGCAGCACGUCACGGCUGUUCGUCCAGAAUCACUUCACGUCUCAGCUGCUCAUCCAGAGUCACAGCAGCACGUCCCGGCCGCUCGUCCUGAGUCACUUUACGUUACACAGCUGUUCGUCCAGAGUCACAGCAGCACGUCACAGCUGUUCAUCCAGAGUCACAGCAGCACGUCACAGCUGAUCUCCUAAAGUCAAGUCACGUCACAGCUGUCCGUCCAGAGUCACAGCAGCACGUCACAGCUGUCCGUCCAGAGUCAAAGCAGCACGUCACAGCUGUCCGUCCAGAGUCAAAGCAGCACGUCACAGCUGUCCGUCCAGAGUCAAAGCACCGUCCAGAGUCGGGUCACGUCUCCGCUGACCUUCCAGAGUCACAGCGUCACGUCUCCGCUGACCUUCCAGAGUCACAGGGUCACGUCCGGUCUGACACACCCAGAUCAUCAAGGUCAGUCUUUCAUUAUCCCAGUCUGAUAUCCAGCGUGAGGGAUUCACCGCUGGUGUCUGCAUGCACAGCUGGUAUCCCCAAACCCAAUCACUCUAGCCCUCCUGUUCCUGAACUGAUUCCCCUGUCUGAAGUGCUUCCUGUGAUGGGGAUCGCUUUAUGUUGUGUUUGGGCUGCGUACACCACCGCAGAACUGCCCGAGGUGGUGGCACCCGCUGUAGCUUCUCCAGAGGUGGCGGUCCAUGCUGCAGAACCUCCAGAAGCGGCAGGGCUCGCGUCGGCCCCUUGUAUGGUGGUGGCGCCCAGUAAUGUACUCUCAACCUGUUAUGUGGCGGUCGAAGAGACCGUUACUAAAUUCUCCCUGUGUCCCGAGGUUACUGCUGUAGAACCUCCAGAGGUGGCGGCAGCUGCUGCAGAACCUCCAGAGGUGUCAGCAGUAGCUGUCAAUAAACUCUCGUUCUGUCCUGUCACGGCUAUGGAGGCCGUCAAAGAACUCUCGUUCUGUCCUGUCACGGCUAUGGAGGCCGUCAAAGAACUCUCGUUCUGUCCUGUCACGGCUAUGAAGGCCGUCAAUGAACUCUCGUUCUGUCCUGUCACAGCUAUGGAAACUAACCAUGAACUUUCUGUGUUCCCUACCUCAGUCCUUGUGUCUGUGCAUGUUCUGUCUCCUCCUUAUGUCUCCAUUCUCCCUAGGUCCCAGGCCCUGCUGUGGGUUCCUGAUCCGUCGUGGUGGCCUCCCGCGCUAUCUGCUCCACCGUGGUGGUCUUCUGCUCCAACUGUUCCAUCUGGUCCGCCCUGGUGGGCUCCUGUCCCGUCUGGUCCGCCCUGGUGGGCUCCUGUCCCGUCUGGUCCGCCCUGGUGGGCUCCUGUCCCGUCUGGUCCGCCCUGGUGGGCUCAAGUCCCGUCUGGUCCGCCCUGGUGGGCUCGUGUUCUGUCGGCUCCGCCCUGGUGGGCCCCAGUCCCGCCUGCUCAGCCCUGGUGGGUCCCAGUCCCGCCUGCUCCGCCCUGGUGGGUUCCAGUCCCGUCCACUCUGCCCUGGCUUCCUGCUCUGCCAGCUCUACCUCAGUCCCAGAUCACUCCGCUGCCACAGGGACCUGGCCCUCCAUCCCUCCCCCUGUUCCGCCUCCGCUCCACCUCCCUCCUGGAUUAUAGACUGUGUGGAGCGUCUGGAAGCCGUUCUUUCACACGCACACCUGAUCACACAGCAUCACUAAUCACACACACUAUUUCAACCCUGGACAUUCUCCCCCUCGUCGCCGAGUAUCGUAUGCAUUAUCGCUGCCCUACAGAGCCCGUUAGUUUGCCUAGCCUAGCCUUGCCUUGCCUUGCCUAGCCUUGCCUUUGUUGGAUUGUGUUUUCCCCUGCCUGGACUAUCGCUGACGUUUUUGGUUUCCCUCUCCUGUCUUGCCCUUUGGAUACUGUUCGCUGAUCGUCGACCCACGCUUGCCCUAAGUUUACUCUUUGUCUUGUCCCUGCCAUACCUGUUUGCCAUUGUUUCGACCCUGCCUGUAUCUUUGACCAUGCCUGUAAAUAAAAGCCUGCACAUGGAUCCGCACGACUCACGUCUCGUCAGCCCUGUUACACAUAAGCAAAAGACAGUUAAACUCACCAUGAUGUUGCACUGCCCACUGAAAGUGAUUUUUGAUGAGAUAAUACAUCAGUUGUGGCAUACUGGUGUAACUGCAGAAUGGGCACUCACUAGUGCAGUUUUUUAAAUAAUGCUCACAUUCCCCCUUGCUUAACACAGUUUUGUGCAUUUUUGCAGGGGAAAUGGCUCUUAAAAGAGCCUUUGGGUUAUAAAGUGAAUAACAACAAAAAAAGAGGAGAGAGAUGGAGAGAUGGUGGGGAUGACAAUGAGAAGGAUCUACAAAAAAAGGAAAUACAUAGAAUCAGUAUUAGCAAAAAAAGUUUUUUUUUGUUUUUGUUUUUUACUCGUGCAGGGUGUCCAAAGUCGGUCCUGGAGGGCCACAGUCCUGGAAUUUAGCUCUAACUUGCCUCAACACACCUGCCUAGAAGUUUCUAGUAAGCCUAAUAAGAUCUUGAUUGGCUGGUUCAGGUCAAGUCAAGUCACCUUUAUUUAUAUAGCGCUUUUACAAUACAGAUUGUGUCAAAGCACUUAACAGUAUCAAAUUGGAGGAUAGAGUGUCAGUAAUGUAUAAUGAUAAGAUUAAACACUCAAUUUUCAGUUAAAGGCAUUUCAUUAUUGAAUUCAGAGAUGUCAUUGUCUAGCUCAGUUUAGUUUAAAUAGUAUCUGUGCAAUCAAAUCGGCGAUAAUCGCUAGAAAUUAAGUGUCCCCAACUGAGCAAGCCAGAGGCGACAGCGGCAAGGAACCAA